AUGGCAUGUGUUGCCGUACAUUCUCAUUUGUUAUUCGUUUUGCUCACCACCUAUAUAAACAUGAAUUUCUUCGUUAUAGUUGGCGGAAGGCAUAGGUUUAAACUGUCUAUAUCUGUAGUCCUACAUUUUUUGGCGAUUAUUUGUGUAAGCUUCGUCAUUUUAAUCAAUAAUAUGGAUCGAUGCAGUUCAGUUCUACCGUCUUCAGCGAUAGUCGUAAUUCUACAAUUCACGUUCCUGUUCAAUCUUAUUGGAUCUAUUUCCUUGUUUACUCAUAGAAUCUCUACCGAUGGACUACGAUCUACACCAAUUCUAGGCUGUGCGAUAUUGUCAGCAUGCACUUGUGCAUUCGUAUUCUGUACGGCAAUGUUCUUUGCAAAAAUGCCACCGAAAAGAACAACUCCUCAUGGAGUUCGUCCAAGCGGAGCGCGACCGCCAACGGCACCUAAAGAGGCUUACCAUCCGCCUAAAGCUUUAAUGGAAUCUCCACCAGCGGCUCCGAAGGAGCCACCACCUCCUUCUCCAUUCAAAGCUUCUCUUGAGUAA